AUGUCGGUCUAUUGGGGGCCAUACUAUGCUAUAAAGUAUGAACAGACCAAAGAACAAGAUGAGGACACUAGACCUUUUGAGUGUGGUGUCGAGACAAUGAUUUAUGAACCCCUGUGGUCAGUCUUCCGUUUCAAAAAGGUGCUAGUACCAAUUCACCACACAACAAGCAUGCACUACACAUUGCUGGUAAUUGACAAUGAAACAAGGAGGUUCACACAUAUGAAUUCAUUGAGGCCACCAAUCAAUGAAUUCACCAAUGAGGAGAAGUACCAACUGAAUGCAGCAAGAGUGGUAAAGCACAUACAGAAAUUCAUACAUGUUGUGAACUUGACUAAGAUGAGAAUACGGGGCGAAAGCCAAGAUCCAAAUAUCACUCGAGAAAAAUGCAAAGGCGAAGAUGAUAAGGAAAACCUGAUUAUUGUUGAAGAAGCAAUGACCGAGGAGGAAAAACAAACCAGAAACUGGAUCUUACAGAAUAACGUUGUGGAGACAGACUAUGAACUCUUUGAAGACUUUGACUGCCCGCAACAGAACACAUCAUCUGGUGAUUGCGGGCCCUUUAUGCUCCAUUACAUGGAGAGCAUAGUAAAUGGCAUAGAACCAACCAAGGAAGGCGGGGACAACAUGAGGAAGAGAUUGCUUGAGAGGUUCAUGCACCUACUAUUGGGCAGAAAGUGA